CUGUGCCUUAUUUUUAGCUAGGCCUUUACCACAGUUCUCAUCUUGCACCCCUUUAUCAAUUCAUAAGGGCAGUUUCAAGAGGGCUGGGUUCCCAACCAUCACCCCCAACUUCUGCACACACAGCCUGGGGAGUCUAGGUCAUAGGACCCUGGGUGGGGGUGGGCGUGUGUGUGACCAAAACCAGAAUAAAGCCUUGGAAUCAGCCAGGCCCUGGCCAGGGCGUGGGAGGUGGGGCCGGGAGUGGACAGGGAGGUCAUCCUUCUGGGUCUCAGUUCCCCAAACAGGAAAGGCUGACACAUGGGAAUUAGAGCAACAGACUUGUAAAAAAACACUCAUAAAUUUCUGUGCCGAGACUGUUAAUAUUUUGGUGUACAGGCCUAGAAUCUUUGUUUCAGUGUCCAUCAUGUAAGCUACCACGCAUCUAGUCUUGCCAAGUUUUCCAAAUGAGGCUCUGCUGUUGUCCCCAUUUGAUAGCGUGAGUGUCCCAGAGAGAAACACACUUGGCCAAGUUCUCACAGUGCCCGGAUACUUACGUGCAUCUGACCUUUUUUCCUCUCAGUAUAUGGGUAUAUGUCAUUCCCAUGUCAGUGAAUGCUUUCCUACCUACAACAUGAUUUUUAUCACGUCCUGUUCCAGACAGAUACGCCAUGCUUCGUUAAACUAGUCCCUUGUGCUGGGCAUUUAAGUUGUUCCCAGUCUAUUGCUGUCAUUGAGCAAGGCUUGGUGGAUGCCCUACACGUACAUCUUUGCUUCCCUAUUUCCUAAUCUUAAGAGGGGACGUGCAGGCAGUGUGUUUACUGAAUUGGGGGUAUGCACAGUUUGCAAGGAGGUCAUUUUUAGCUUAAAACUGACAUGAUUAAAUUUCUAACAUGCAGACAGAAGAGCCUGUGCUGGGUGCUCAUGAAUGUUCCAACAUCUGGUGUGUGGAAGCCAGAACUGGACAUCCCACCGUGGGGAAGGGGUGUCGGUAAUUGGAAAUAAGACACUUCAUGGGGCCAGUUCCGGGAGGAUGGAUUCCUGGUGCUGGAAGGAUUCUUGUCUGCAGAUGAGUGUGUGGCCAUGCAGCAGAGGAUUGGCGAGAUAGUGGCCAAGAUGGAUGUCCCUCUCCACUGUCGCACAGAGUUUUCCACCCAGGAAGAGGAACAGAUUCGAGCCCAGGGCAGCACGGACUAUUUCUUGAGCAGUGGCGACAAGAUUCGAUUCUUCUUUGAGAAAGGCGUUUUUGACAAGAAAGGAAAUUUCCUGGUCCCUCCAGAGAAAUCUGUCAACAAAAUUGGCCACGCACUGCACGCCUACGACCCUGUCUUCAGGAGCAUCACACACUCUCCCAAGGUGCAGGCCUUGGCCAGAAGUCUGGGCCUCCAGAUGCCUGUGGUGGUACAGAGCAUGUACAUCUUUAAGCAACCUCACCUUGGCGGCGAAGUCACCCCUCACCAGGAUGCCACCUUCCUGUACACGGAGCCGCUGGGCCGGGUGCUGGGCAUAUGGCUUGCGCUGGAGGACGCCACGCUGGAGAACGGCUGUCUCUGGUUCAUCCCUGGCUCCCACACCAGUGGCGUGUCAAGAAGGAUGGUCCGGGCCCCUGCUGGCUCAGCAUCUGGCAUCAGCUUCCUCGGGUCCGAGCCUGACCGGGAUAACAGCCUCUUUGUGCCCACGCCUGUGCGCAGAGGGGCCCUGGUCCUAAUCCACGGAGAAGUGGUGCACAAGAGUGAGCAGAACCUCUCCGCCCGCUCGCGCCAGGCCUAUACAUUCCACCUCAUGGACACCUCUGGCACUGUCUGGAGCCCAGAGAACUGGCUCCAGCCAACAGCUGAGCUGCCCUUCCCUCCACUGUACACCUAGAGGCCCUCGCAGGGCUGGGGCCCUGUCCCCUUCCUGAUGGGCUCUGGCUGCAACACUAGCGCCUUGUUUGGUCUCCCAGCUGCAAUGGGGAUGUCGCGUCUCCCCGCCUAGGCUUUCCUCCUGUGGGUGUCUGUGCCCUCGGCCCUGCAGACAGCAGGCAAGAGGCAGAAGUGACGGGGCAGCAGCCUGGGCUGGAUGGGAGGCUUCCCCAAGAUUUUGUCUCUCUGCCUCCCGCUGCCCCAACACGACCUCCCCCUUGAGGCGUCCCUCAGCUGAGAAAGGGUUCUGGCUUCUUCUCACUUCUCUCCCCUCUCUGAUGGAACUCUGAUCAUUAUGGUGUAAUACACGGAAUAAAAACGACUUCUGAAUGCA